AUGGCGGAGAAGCCCUCGGUCCUCAUCAUUGGAGGGCUGGGCUACAUCGGACGCUUCCUCGCUCUGCACAUUCACAAGAACAAUUUGGCCUCCGAGGUCCGCGUCGUCGACAAGGUCCUCCCGCAGCUGGCAUGGCUGGCCCCGGAAUUUGACGAGGCCUGCGCCGGCGACAAGUUCGUGCAGGCAGACGCCAGCAGGGAACAAGCGCUGGGCAGGAUAUUCGACCGGGAAGGCGGCAAGCAAUUCGACUAUGUUUUCAACUGCGGCGGCGAAACCAGGUACUCACAGGAGGAUGAGGUAUACAAGCUGCGGUCAUUAGGGCUGUCCUUGGCUGUCGGCAAGGAAGCAGCAAAGCGAGGCGUCAAGGCGUUCAUCGAGCUCAGCACCGGCAUGAUCUAUAAGUCAGACUCGGCAGCGAGCAAGGAAACCGACAAGCUGAAGCCGUGGAGCAAGAUCGCAACGUUCAAGCUGCAGGCCGAGGAUCAGCUGGCCAAGGUCGAGGGACUCAACCUCGCCAUCAUCCGUCUUGCACACGUGUAUGGUCCCUAUGCCUCGCAGUGGGUCGCAACAGCAUUGUGCAUGGCCCGCGUCUACAAGGCCCAGGAUGACGAGAUGAAGUGGCUGUGGACAAAAGAUCUGCGGACAAACACAGUACACAUCGACGACGUGGUGCGGGCAACGUGGGCCGUAGCGGAGUGGUACGCCGCUGGCAAGAAGAACUGGGACGACAAGGCAAUGGGCGGUUCCGUACCUAUCUUCAACGUGGUCGAUAAAGGUGUCACCACACAGGGCACCAUGGCCAACGUCAUCGGCGAGAUCUUCGGCAUCAAGACGGGCUUUCAGGGCACCCUGAUCAGCCACUUUGCCAAGCUCAACAUGGAUUCAGUCGUCGAGGAUGUCAACGAUGAACUGCUGGGCCCCUGGGCGGAGCUGCUCGAGUCGGCCGGCAUCACCAGGCCGGGUCCCCUUACACCGUACAUGGAGAAGGAGCUGCUGAAGGAUACCGACUUGAGUAUGGACGGGACCAGACUAGAGAAGGUGGUAGGCUUUCAGUACUCGAAACCUCAGAUCAACAAGGAACUUUUGGAGGAGGUCAUCGAGAGUUAUAAGAGGAUGAAGUGGUGGCCAUAGCGGCUUGAUGGACGCCACAGGUCGAAAGCGCAGUGCGACCUCAGUCGACACAGAAGAGGUGCAGCGGCCGGAUAUGAAAAUGCAGGACAUCCAAAUGACUCGACGGCUCAACAACGCGACAACCACACCCUUAGCGCCCUCUACCCGCCAGUAUCAAACACUCAACUAUUCCAUCACCAAAAGCGAAAAUGUCCCAUGACAGACGGGCAGAAGGGCAGAUUGAAGAAGAAAGGACUAGGAUGCUCACUCCAGCAGGCGGGGGACGCGAGAAAGGCGGCCUCGAUCUGUCCUUGUUCCCCUCCAGCGGUUCGGCUUUUCUCUUUGUUUUGUAUCAACAGGAUAUCCAUUUCAUAUAUGGUCUUCCUCGUCGUGUCAACCGGCAAAGUAACACAACACCACCCAGACCCAUCAGGCAAUGUGGAGAGAGACAAAAAGGGAAAUGAUGAGAGAUUAUAUUUGUGCAUAUUCAUGGACAAUUCGGGCGGGUAGCAUCUAGGAGCAAAAAUAUCUAGGAGCGAGGUGAGACUAUUAUUUUGGGAGGAAGAGUAAUGCUUAUAUAUACCACGACC